AUGACAGCAGCCGCAGCUGCGAACCGGCCACCACAAGAUCUCCCCGCGUCUGCCAAGUCGCCCAAAGAGGUGGAAAACCAAGAGCUUGGGUUUGGCCAGGUGUGGGAGGGUGCGGCUCAGCCUCCCUCGAAUGGUGCUGCCAGACCCAACCUAGAAGACUACGGCCGCCGCAGAUCAACUGUUCAAUUCUCCACGGCACAUGCUGAAGAUACGAUAAGACGAGAAAGCAUUGUAAAUCCGAUCAAAGUACCGUCUCGAGAGUCCUCCAAAAGAAUGGCGUCUCCGCCGCCUCCCUCUCACUACAGUCGUGGUGUGUCCUUCGAUACCUUCGAUAACAAAGGUGCCACUACCGAGGGUUUCACCCUAAGGUACAAACAUCGUGACUAUGCCAACUCUGCACGAAGCCGCACGUUCCUUUGCGGAACAGAUGCCAAAGACUACUCUGAGUACGCUUUGGAAUGGAUGAUAGAUGAGAUGGUAGACGAUGGCGAUGAGAUCGUGUGCUUGCGAGUCAUCGAAAAAGAGGACAAGGCUUCCAUCACAACCAAGUAUCGGCAGGAAGCCGAGAAGCUCCUCGACAGUGUCAUAAAAAAGAACAGCACGGAGGACAAGGCGAUCAGCAUGAUUAUGGAGCUCGCCAUCGGCAAGGUGCAGGAAGUUUUCCAGAGAAUGAUUGGCCUGUAUGAACCUUCUGCUCUGGUAGUCGGUACUCGAGGUCGCAACCUCGGCGGUAUGCAGGGCCUGAUACCUGGCUCAGUAUCCAAGUACUGCCUGCAGCACUCACCUGUUCCUGUCAUUGUUGUUCGGCCUACCUCUAAGAGAUUGAAGAAAAAGAUGAAGCGUCAGCAAGAGACAGGAAGAAGUUUGUACAGCUCCAUGGUUGAGCAAGCGCAGCAUGUUGGUGGUAGACAUCUUCGUGACAAGGAUGUUGUGCAGACCUCUCUGGCCAACGUUGCUACCGAACAGGAAGCCGAUGCAGUCGCCAAAGCUAUCGGCACCAACAAACGCGGCAAGGGUAUUCUGAAAAACUAUGGUGGGCCACUGGCCAGAGUAACCUCUAACACCACGGACGUCACGUCUGACGAAGACGAUGUGCCAGCUCCUGGUUUUUCUCUGCCUAUUGGAUACCUUAGCACGGAGGCGGCACCGAGAGCCGAUCUCGCGAUGAAGAGUCCAAGUAUUGCCAUGCUGGAAGAGGAUUGGGAUGAUACCCCGACGAGAAGCAGAUCACCAGCGCCUGCAGCGAAUGGAGGAAAGCACGAACGAAGCGGGAGCGACGCCUUCUCGGAGGGCGACGAGGACUUGCUUGGACCUGCAAAGAUUGUCGAACAUCGGCGGCCAAGUAUGCGCGAAACAACACCUUGGCUUGCCGACAUUCUGAGAGACAAGCCCCCGCCUCGUAAUCGCAGUGGGAGCCGACAAAGGGACAGUAGGUAG